AUAUCUUCAUUCCGUCGAUUCUCUCUCUCCCUUUUCUCUCUUUCCUAUACAGUACAGACGCUGUUUAUAGACUCGCUCGGCAGAGGUUCUUUGGUCGCUGGCUGCUCUGUGCGCCGAGGCCGUAAUCCAAACAGAGGGUGCGCGAGUGUGCAUUGGCCGUAACCAUUCGCCAUGUGUUGUUCUCCGCGCGCGUAUUAUGUGUGGGAUGUACCUUCGCGUGGCUGGCAGCAUCUUGUCGAAACCGCAGGAGUGAAAUUUUUUCGUUUGAUUAAUUUAAUUAUCGAGAGGAAUUAUCUUAUAAAAAUUUUAACGCAUAUCAUACAGUGUAUGUAUAGUACAGAGCGCAUGGAGAAUGAUCUCAUCUCUGCGUUAUCGUGCUACUAUACGGUAGCUUUAUCAGCGUCUGAAACAAUGUCGCCGAACACAUGCAAGUAGGGCGGACUUAUUUGCACAGCAACUAAUACUUGAUAAAGCAACCAAAAAUAAUAUUAUGACUACUGAAAGUGCAUUGAACUUGGACCGCAUUGUAAAAUUACGGUUACACAUAUUGUUGCGAUCGCCUUGAAAGUUGCUUUAUACACGUAUACAAGGGAGGGACUCACGAGCUUCCGCUGCAGCUAAUUAAGAUAAACAAUUUAUCUCGUAAUCGUCCAAAAACAUCCUCUCACUGUGUAGACGGAAAAACAAAGAACCUCGUAGUCAGCUAUUCCUCGCAAUUAAUAUUGAUAGUCGAUACCCGCAGAUGCCUGAUCCGUCAAAAAGCAUCAUUCAUCGCAAUCAUCAAGCUCCUCGAGGGCUUCUCUCCACUCAAGCCUGGCUAAUCCUCCAAAAAGCUCGAAAAUUAAGCCGUAAUUCCGCAAUCCGAAUGAUUAGCAGUCGCGCCGCAGAUGGCGUACUCUCGUCAAAUCCCUCGUAAAUUCGACUUCGCCUCGAGUUACAUCACUCCGCGGGGACGAAGCCGCUAAGCAUCCGACUGACUGUCUAGCAGUACAUUAUAUACACUUCGCGUAUACAUCCAUAGGCUGUAUAGAGAACGAGGAGGGAGAGCCGAUCGCCGAUGUAUCGAUGAGCGAAGGCCCAUAAAUCUCGAAUUUUGUGCACCGAGAGCGCCAUUUGGCUCGGGCAUCUGCAGCGAUUACGCAAGAGAGAGAGAGAGAGAGAGAGAGAGAUAGAGAGAGAGAGAGAGAGGAAGAGUUGGUUUUCUCUUUAUGUCCUCUGCUUCAUUGCUGUCUCGCUGCCAUUUGUCUCUGGCAUACUGCAGUGCGGAGUCGCGCGAGUGGCAACAACCCCUUCGCCGGAUGCUACCCCUCGCACUUUCACACCCUCGACCGGUCGGUCUUCUCUUCUUUUUGCUCGAUUCCGAUCUCUCUAUGCUCCGCUUCGUUAUUCUUUUUUUGAGGACGAUUUAAUUGAUGAAGGUCAGACUAGUUUUUAUCGGUCGACGAAACUUAUCUUUUUUUGUUCUAAAUCGAACUCAGUUACUUUCAGGAUCGAGAGACAGAAUUUAUCUGCGGUACAGUUGUACCGAUGGUGUAUAUUAUGUAGAUAAAAUUAAUCUAGCACAUGCAGCUCGCCGAGUGCGAGCUGUGACCGACGCGGCGUCCGUGAUAAGAGAUCCAGACUGCCGUGCGCUCAGCUCGGCUGAUUACACGCAUGCAGGUCCAAACACGUGCUUCGCACUUCUCCAAAGCUUCAUAAUUCUUUAAUCACCAGGCCUUUGUACCUUGUACGUAAACACCGCGAUCUCCGCGCAUUCGAAUCCAACGAGGCAAGCGAAAAACAAAAAUUAAAAAUCCCUCUCGACGAGAAUCAAGUCACCCUUGAAAUUUCUGUCCGCAGCCUUCUGUCUUGCCCAUAAACCCUUCUCUGCGAUCGCCCCCUGUAUGUACGUAGCGAGGCUCGAUCAGGACGCUAAUUCACGUUCGGUGACAUCUCGCUGCCUUCGUAACAAGUAGCAUUGUGCUCGAGCUAUUGUGUCGUUGCUGCGCGGACACCUGGCGAGAAAAAUGCUCCGGCGCAAUUGCCAUCGAUCUCCGGCCCGCUCAGCCGUUCAACGGCUCGAGAGCAGAGCGCUAUAUAGCUGCUGUAAUGUACUGCGAUUGUUUGUUUGGAAACACGCCUUUCGCGCGAUCGAGAGGAGAACAAUAUCGAGACACGCGGUUCAGCGACUGCGCAUGUUGCAGUGCGAUGGGAUUCGACUUCGCGGGGUGUCGCGGAGGGAUUAAUUUUUUGGUUUUGUUUUGGUCGGAUUGAUUAGUGCGUCGGCGGUUUUAAAGUGGAUGCUUUAUUUUCAACAAAUUGCGAAGCGCAAAAGAGACUCGGCGAACUUUCCGCGGAUCGAUCCAACGCCCGCACGCAAACACCGACGGAUCGGCGCUAAUUAAUUGUUAUUAAUCGGACUCGCGCGCGCGUACAUCGAAUCAAAAUGAUCCGAAUCAACAUGCAAACUUCUCGUCACCCCGCUGCGAACAAUAAACAGAUGCAUAAUUAGCGAAGUAUCGCCUGGCUAGUCACGAGCAAACAGCCGCGCGAAUUUCCACGCAGACACGCAUAGGUAUCUCUCUCUCUCUCUCUCGCUUGUUAAUGCCGCUCCGAUCUGCCGGAAACUCUCCGCUUUCUCUAUCUCUCGCUCGCGCAAAUGCAUCACGGCACUGGCCCCCAGGGCUGCAUUAUACGGCGCGCCGUGCGAGCGCGUGUGACGCGAGAGAGCAUAUAUUAAUACGCGCGCGGGAGUGUGUAAAAAUACGACGAAGCGCGGCUAUCGCGCGAAAUAGUGCAGCGUCGAGGCAUGAAUGGGAGUGUAUCGGCUGGGUAAUUUCAUUUGCGAGAGAGCUGUUGCUUUUUGGACGCGCGGGCGGAGGGAUACGUGACGCUAAUGAAAACUUUGUUUACGCGAUCGAGAGCGAGUUGCGUUAAUUAGCCGCGGUGUAAUGAGUGCGAUGACGAUCGUUUUAUUCCUCCAUGUAGGAGUACCUUAUCAGUUUUGCGUGUAUAGCCGAUAAAAUCUAUAAAUACAGCUUCGGCCUUAGAAUGCGGGCCAUCAGCUGCAGGCUGAUGCUCUCUUAAAAGCAAAACCGAAUCCUCCAAAGUCAGGGCCAUAAUUUUCGCGGUUGACACGUUAGAUAGUCUCCUUAUCCCGCCGGCUAACCACGUCACAGACUACACCGACUCUUCGGGAGGCAUAAAAAGAAUAGCCGGAAUCGAAUCCGUGCGCACGCGAGAUCUCGCGCACACCUUAAUAAUUCACAUCUCUCCCGAAACCAGAUACCUACACACACACACACACACACUCGCGCCCAUAGAAGUUUACUGCCCCGCUGGCAAUUUCGCCGUGUGUACAGCUCCGCCGCGGAUGAAACAAAGAAGAUACAGUCGAAGGAAGAAGAAGUGGAACCGUUACUCUCGCACGGUGAUUCCGGCAGGCCGUAAAAAGCGCCUUUUUAUUGUCCCGCCCCCGCGAAACAGUACCAUACUGACCGCUGGCGCACUUUUCGCUCGCUUGCUUGCUUGCGCGAGCUCCGAGGAAAAGCCUCGCGCGUCAUACGCUCGCUCGCUCGCGCCGGCUGAUUGUUCCCGUGUUUUAUCAUCACUCGGGGGCUCUCACUCGGAUGCUGCGCGCUUCAAACUCGGAUAUAAGAUAGAACCUACCUACGUCUGUGGGCUGUUACCGAGGUUUUUCCGAAGCGCCACUUUUUUCCUCCUUUGUUUUUCACUUUCGGGCCUCGACUUGUUAUUGCACUCCCGAUCGUUUGAUUCAACGAUAUUCAACGUGACUAUGACGGUAUUUCGGAAUUUCAAACCUUCCCUACACAGAGCGUGACGGUUGUUUACGGGCUCAGCUUUCGAACGGUAACAAUCGCCGAUUUUUUCUACUUCCGAUUCUCGAAUGUGUUUUGACGCAGACUAUACGAUCUCUAACGCUGAUGUAUCCUCGUAGGAAGUAGCGCAGUGUCAACAUCCGAGUCUGGGAUGAAAAUAAAUACACGCACACACAGCGGGAUGAAUCAAAGCAUUAUUACUAAAUAUCGUUACUCACCCAGCUCGUACGCGGAACGACAUAUCGGCUCCGAUGAAAAUUCUCUCUCCUACACGCACACACGCGCGUUCGCUCCUCGCACAUCCUCGGCUAAUUAACAUACACAGACACGGAGUCGCGCUAUCGCGACGAACGGAAAUACGCCGCCGGAUUUUGCUUACGUAGACUCGACCACAAACGUAAGCGUGCGAGCUUUUGCAAAUCUUCGGCGAAAGCCGAAAAAAACAUCGACGAAAGACGUCACGCAAAAAAAGCGGAUACACAAGCAGCUAUCCGCGUGCUGUCGGACGUGACGUCAGGAGGUUCCACAUACUACUAUGAUGGGGCAUCUCGCACGUUAGAACGAAAGAGCAGCGCUUUAUCAAGGACGUCGACGCCGAUAGAGCGAUAUCCCUGUCUGGCCACAUAAUGUGGUUUUCGGAGUAGCCCACGGCGAUACCGCUGCACGGGUUACGUAUGCGGCUGCGAUUGUUAGUCACGGAUCGCACGUAGAUGAUUGAUAUCUGUCGCGAUCCUGUACUAGUCGUGUGUGCUGUGACUAAUUAAGCGGCGCUUACGUAACGCCGCAGCUCGUUGGGAAGAACAAGUUGAUACGGGGUGUAUCUAUGAUAUAGCGACUAUACUGUCAUAAGAAUGCGCCGAUACAGGCUCACGCUGGGACUUUUAGCUGGUCGCUUGUGUACACAUGCGCUGAUUCGCGACAAAUUCGCAAAAGGGAUCGAGAUUGAGAUUUUUUGCGGAAAUGACGAUAGCGCGGUACGCGCAUAGCAACUAAUGAGCUUUAUCGGUCUCGCUCCUUGUGAUUUCUAUUAUGUGAGAGAAAAUUAGGUGAAAAUUGCAAAAAAAAAGAUGUAUGCACGGACGAGCGAUAAGCUCGUGAAAUCUCCUCGCAAUCGGCAGCCCGUAAAAAUUAAUUAAACUCCGUUUAAAAAUAGUGAAUUAUCAGGCACAAUUACCGGGCGGAGCGAAAAGGAGACUGUAUUGUGUGUAUCAAAAAAUAAAGUAACGAAAAAAGUCGAAAAGCUCGUGUGCAGUCGCUCGCUCUCGUGUGUCGUCGGCGCUAUACGCACGAGCGGGUAAGCGUGUUAUAUGAACGACCGCCGAGCGAGAUAACCGCUUGGAUAUGAUAAUUCUGAAAUAAAAGGAGGAUCGAGGUCCGGAGAAGCAAUUAGACGUGACGAGGCAUCCCGACGCGCAACACCACGCGGUGUCUCGCUCUUUUGUACCGCAAAACUAUUGCAUUAGCUUGAUAAGUGCAGGAGGACAAUAGAGGAGAGUAAAUUUUGUCUAUUCUGCACUCGAGAUUGUGAUAGUGAUUUGUGAUUCGCGAGUGAUGGGGAGAAGCCACAGCUGUUUGACGCCCAAGUUACUUUUCGUGUCGGCGAUAUUCUCCUGGGUGAUUUUCCGUUCGGUCUCGAGUCGCACGAUUACCGCGCUGAGGAUGGACGAGCCCAGGAGUCACAGGUUCAGACGACACGACUACGGAGAUUGCAAAUGCGAGACUGUUCCUGAUACAUUGUACUCCGUACUGACUGACGAGGGCCGAGAACUCUUCAAAUUAAAGAUCGAUGGAGUGUAUCAGGAAAAAAUCAAGCUGACAAAAUGCCUCAAUGUAAAGGCACGAUGCGGAGACUCAACCGCCGAUCGAGAGGGCAGACCACGAUAUUGCAGGCAAAAGUACUUCAAGCACACCGACGAACUGAUAACCCUAGGAUUAACCGACGACAAGUACCGACAACACCUCAGGCUCGAUCUGCUGCCAAAUGGCUGCGAGUGCGUCGAUCCCCUGGAUUCACUGAGUGAUUAGACUGAAGCGAAAAUCGGAAGCCAUCGCGAAACCAGUGCCUUUGUAAGCCAAGAAGAACAAAAACGAUAACUCAAAGUCAGUCCGACGGACAUAGUGAUAUUGCGACCUGCAAAGCUAUGAAUGUGCAACUCUCACGAAGGAGGGAAAGCGUAUAGGAUAUAGGUGAUUUUUUAUACGAGAGAGAGAGAGAGAGAUGAAUUAAGCUCGUUGUUUUUAAGUUUAUUUACAUAAUUGUAAAUAUGUAGAUAAUUAACUCACGUUGAGCGCGCAUGUCAUUAACUUAUUUAUUUCGCCUACAUUUGUCAUGUAGAUUAGUAUUUAUGCAAAAUGUAAGCUAAGAUUUUUAUACCACGAAUCAAAGACUUUUUAUAAUACAACGAUUUUUAAAAAAA